AUGAACCUGCGCUCGGAAGUUGGACCACGGUCCCGUGAGGACGACAUGUACGGCCUCAGCGUUGCCGAGCCGUUGGCGGCGCAUACGCACACAAGGGUCCAGUCCAGUCUGCACAUGAUGCGGCGCAAGACGGGGAUCGAAGCAUCUUCCACGCAAAGGCAACCUUGCGGCAAAGCGGACAUGGUUGCCCAGUACUGCCUUGAUGCGAAUGCGCCCGUUGACGAGGUCGAGAUGAGAUGCACUGUCCGUGUUUCACGGGGAGGUGUGAAACGGAACGGCCGAAUUCUAGACAGCCGAGGCCGGGCAUUGAGGGGAGUUCGGGACAAGAUAGACGAUGCUUCACGAACCGCGCGGUGA